AGGUGGACAUAGACGGCGAAAACGCUUUUUUUUUAAAUAUGCGGACGAUUCAAAUAUAAUAGUGCCAGUUUGGAGUGAGGGUCCUGAUACAUCAACAGAUACAGUUGGACAAUUCCUGAGCUGGUUUGAUGAUAAUUUUAUGACUUGUAACCCUGGUAAAUGUAAAGAGCUUAUCAUCCGGAAGAAGGGAUAUAAUGAUCAACUUGACAAUGUUUAUAAUAUACUCCAAUGCAAAGAACUUCCCAUUUUAGGUACUACUUUUCAAGACAAUCUCAAGUUCACCAGUCAUGUGCGAGGUAAAUUGGUCAAAGCAAACAAAUGCUUGUACGUUAUACGAACACUCAGGGCAGAAGGCUAUAGCCAAUGUGAGAUAGAUUAUCUAUUUAAGACCCUAGUAAUAUCUACUAUAACGUUUGGCCUGUCCGUCUACGGUUCUUCUCCAGCCGAACUCAAUACUCUAGAACGGUUUUUUGACAGAUGUUUUAAGCGAAAGUAUAUAUCAGAACCUGUAAAUAUUAGAUAUCUUUUAGAACUACAAGACAGAAAUAUUUUUAAAGCUUCUGUAAAUCAGAAGAGUGCCAUAGUCGACUUGAUACCAAGAAAAAAAUUCACAAGCUACUCUUUGAGGACAGAGUUUAGUCAGUAUCCAAGAGUGAACACGGUACGUUUUAAAUUGUCGUUUGCAAAUAGAUUAAUUUUUAACUAUAACCUAUUCAUAUGAUGUAAACUUUACUAAUGUAUUCUUAAUAUAUACUUGUAACAUAAGAUAUGUAUUUUUAUCUUUUGAUCUAUUAAAAAGACUUUUUUUUAAUUGAAUUGAAUUGAAAACAUGUAACAUGUUUGAACACUAUUUUAAAACUUGUAAUCCAUUUUUAGUUCAUAAUGUAGAACUAAACUCUGUGCUCCCAAAUGCAUCAUCGAAAUCUACAACUCCAUGAUUACAAGUAACUUUAGCUCUACUACUUUAACUUUUAAAAGUUUAUAAUUAAAUUUGUCUUAUCCAUUUGUGAAUAGGUAUCGAAAAGCCCUGUUGGAAAUCCUUAUUUUGAUUAUAAUAAUAUUAAUAAUAACCAGUACGUGAAUGAACAUGCAUGUGCCGAAUGGUUUCUACUUAUCUCCUGCACAUAUGUGAACCAUGCAGGGUUGGAAGAUAUACAAUAGUGAAUUAAAUAAGGGCCGCUCACACAAUCACACUUUGACAUCGAUCUAAAUUAGAACGAUUUUAAACCGUUCCUAGGCCGUUCCUUGGAGUGUUUACACUUGCAGAAGAAAUUGAAUGAAUUAAUAGAAUUAGAACUACUGUUUAUGAACAAGAAAAAAGUUACAGGCUGCUGAGCAAGAAAUUAGUUCGUAAAACGUGAACCGAUACGAGACUACCUACAGAGGUGGUCUAGUUUAUAGAGGCCCGUUUACACUUGCAAAUUUUGCUGCGAUUUCCAAGUACGAUUUUCUUCUCCUGAUGCAUGGGAACGAGUAGAUAAGUUGUGAUAUCCUUAGAGUUCAAUGAUAUACCCUCAUUUGAACAUUCAUAACUCAUCCAGUUGUUUACAUCCUUCAGAAGAAGAAAAUAACACCUAAAUUUGCAGCAAAAAAUGCAAGUGUAAACGCCGGGUCUCAUCAUUCUCGAAUCGCUCUCAUCUCGUGUUUGUUGUCCAGACAUGGCCUAAUAUGGAUCUGAAUCGAUUUCGGAUCGAUCUAAAUCAGUGUGAACGUUCAUUGACUCUUGGGAGAACUUCCUAUCGUAACACAGUGUGAAACCGUUGGCUGCGUUGGGAGCAAUGUGUGUGUAUACACAUAUGCAUACAAUAAAAAAAUAACGGUUGGCUGUCUGCACGACUUAAUAAUACAUCUUCAUUUUAAUUGUUUUCACCAAGUUAGACUAUUACCGUGGCAUAAUUGGAAGCGUUAUUAAUUGGUAAAAUAUUCCAACAGUAUGAAUAAUUAAUUUUUGUCUGAUUUCUCAGGCAAAUGUAGACAAACGAAAAUAUGGGGUUACAUUACAAGCCAAACAAUUAAACGAUUAA